GCCGAGGGGCUGGAGGCAGCGGCCGUGGCGGCCCGGAGCGCGCUGCGUUGCAGGGAGCCGCAGCCGCAGCAGCAGCAGCAGCCGCCCGGCAAGGAAGAAGGCACCUCCGACCGCACCUUCCUCACUUUUGGAAAUGGCGGGUGAAAUCACAGAGACCGGGGAGCUUUAUUCUCCUUACGUCGGACUGGUGUACAUGUUCAACCUCAUCGUGGGCACCGGCGCGCUCACCAUGCCCAAGGCCUUCGCCAGUGCCGGGUGGCUUGUCAGCCUGGUCCUGCUGGUGUUCCUGGGCUUCAUGAGCUUUGUGACGACUACCUUCGUGAUGGAGGCCAUGGCAGCCGCCAACGCUCAGCUCCGUUGGAAGAGGAUGGAGAACCACCAGGAGGAGGAUGAUGACAGCUCCUCCACAGCCUCUGACAGUGACAGUCUCCUCCAGGACAACUAUGAGCGGGCAGAGAAACGGCCCAUCCUGUCUGUGCAGAGACGUGGGUCUCCGAACCUUUUUGAAAUCACAGACCGGGUGGAACUGGGACAGAUGGCCUCCAUGUUCUUCAAUAAAGUGGGGGUCAACCUGUUCUAUUUCUGUAUCAUCAUUUACCUGUACGGGGACCUGGCCAUCUAUGCUGCCGCCGUGCCCUUCUCCCUCAUGCAGGUGUCCUGCAGCACCACCGGCAAUGACUCCUGCGGCGUGGAGGCCGACACCAGGUACAACGACACGGACCUGUGCUGGGGGCCGCUGCGCCGCGUGGACGCCUACCGCAUCUACUUGGCUGUCUUCACUCUCCUCCUGGGACCCUUCACUUUCUUUGACGUCCAGAAGACCAAGUACCUGCAGAUCCUGACCUCCCUGAUGAGAUGGAUCGCGUUCGCCAUCAUGAUCGUGCUGGCCCUGGUCCGCAUCGGACGUGGCCACGGGGAGGGGCACCCGCCCCUGGCCGACCUGUCCGGGGUCCGGAACCUGUUCGGGGUGUGCGUGUACUCCUUCAUGUGCCAGCACUCGCUGCCGUCCCUCAUCACGCCCGUCUCCUCCAAGCGGCACCUCACGCGCCUGGUCUUCUUGGACUACGUGCUGAUCCUGGCCUUCUACGGCCUCCUCUCCUUCACCGCCAUCUUCUGCUUCCGCGGCGACAGCCUGCUGGACAUGUACACUCUCAACUUCGCCAGCUGCGACAUCGUGGGCGUGGCCGCCGUGCGCUUCUUCCUGGGUCUCUUCCCCGUCUUCACCAUCAGCACCAACUUCCCCAUCAUCGCCGUGACCCUGCGGAACAACUGGAAGACCCUGUUCCACCGGGAGGGGGGCACGUACCCCUGGGUCGUGGACCGCGUGGUGUUCCCCACCAUCACCCUGGUGCCCCCGGUGCUGGUGGCCUUCUGCACCCACGACCUAGAGUCCCUGGUGGGCAUCACGGGGGCCUACGCAGGCACCGGCAUCCAGUACGUCGUCCCCGCCUUCCUGGUGUACCACUGCCGCAAGGACACCCAGCUGGCCUUCGGCCCCGGGACCGUCAGCAAGCACAGGUCCCCGUUCCACCACACCUUCUGGGUGGGCUUCGUGCUGCUCUGGGCCUUCUCCUGCUUCUUCUUCGUCACCGCCAACAUUGUGCUCAGCGAGGCCAAGCUCUGAUGGCGGGCGCGUCUGCUGCCGGAGGGCGAGGGCCCCGGCCUGGCCCGUCGCGUCCCUGCACCUGCAGAGCUGUGGCUAGUGCCUCCCGGGUCUCCCUCGGCAGGCAAGGCCCAGGCUCGGGGAGGGGACCCUGCACAUCUCCAGCUGGGAAACGUGUCCCUUCCCCGGCUCCCUCCGCACAGCCGGAACCUCACGUCACUGUCCGUGUGGCCUCCGCCCGGGCCCUCCCGCCUGGGCUGACCCCGGCCAGCUGAGCACACACCGGGCACGCGGCUCUCCCAGGUCCCAGGACUGGCUCCUGGAACUGACCCCUCUGCUCUGUGCACAUACCCCUCCACCCCGGCACCGGGUGGGCUCCUCUCCCUGCACGGUGGAGCCGCACCGUGGCACUGCCCUAUUUAUACCAGUCACCUCGUCGCCUCCUCCCGCCCAGCCCCUCC